AUGAGAAAGUUCAAAAGGUUCAACCACGUUAAAGUGCUCAUACCUUUGGAAGCAUGGGCUAUUCCGAAUAUUGUCGCAUACUUACUGGUAGAUGGCAUAGGCUAUUCUGGUUUAUUUUCCCUAACAUUGAUGUCAGUGGAACUUUUUCAGUACAUUUCGCUUAACCCUGCUUUGAUAGCAGGUCUCAAAGGCAGUACAAGUGCAAUCGGUCUCUGCAUUGGUUCCCUCCCCGCGUCCCUUGCAUUUGGUAAACUGCCACCAAAGUAUGUUAUUCCUGUUUUUAGUGUCUUCUCACUUGCAAGUGCUAUUAGUUUAUCAAGAUUGGACUAUUCUACCGACUCCUGGUGA